AUGAGUUUUUUAUGGGAUUGGUUUACUAGUAUUUUAACAACACUUGGUCUACAUAAAAAAAAUGGUAAACUUGUAUUUCUUGGUCUUGAUAAUGCUGGAAAAACAACUCUAUUACAUAUGUUAAAAGAUGAUCGACUUGCUCAACAUGUACCAACUUUACAUCCAACUUCAGAAGAAUUAAUUAUUGGAAAUAUGAAAUUUACAACAUUUGAUUUAGGUGGUCAUAUUCAAGCUCGUCGUGUAUGGAAAGAUUAUUUUCCAGCUGUUGAUGCAAUUGUUUUUCUUGUUGAUGCAGCUGAUCGAAAUCGUUUCGCUGAAACAAAAAACGAACUUGAUGGUUUAUUAACAGAUGAACAAGUUGCUAAUGCACCUAUUGUUAUACUUGGUAAUAAAAUUGAUUUAUCGGGUGCUGCCAGUGAACAAGAACUUCGUUAUGUACUUGGUGUAUCUACAGCAACAACAGGAAAAGGAACUGUUCCUCGUUCGAGUAUAAAUGAUCGUCCAAUGGAAUUAUUUAUGUGUAGUGUAUUAAGACGAGAAGGUUAUGGAGAAGCAUUUCGAUGGGUUUCACAUUAUGAAUGUGAAAUUUGGAAAGCAUCAGAAUGUCCACCAGGACCAACUAAAGAAGAUGAAGAAUUAAUUAAAUCAGAUGUAUAUACAAAAGAACAAUUAUUUGCUUUUUGUGAUGCUGGUAAAACAUAUGUAGAUUGUAUCAAUGAACGUUUACAUUGUUGUGAUAUGCGUGUUGAAUAUUCAACAACAUUAGCAUCACUUGAUGCACAAAUUAAACGUAAUACAUGGCGUCUUGAAAAAUAUUGUAGAGGAAUAAUUGAAACAAAUAUUAUAAAUUAUCGAUGUUUAACAACAUCAGGAUCAUUACUAAGUACAAUAGCACGAUCAACAACAACACCAAUACCAAUAUGUGAUGUUGAAAAAGUUGGUAUAGAAUGUAGUCCAAUUAUUGAACAUCGUGUUUAUUUUGAAAGUCAAUGGUCUGUUUAUGAAAAAGCUAAAUGGUGUAAAGAUAGUUAUGAUUAUUAUAUAUGUGCAUUAUCACAUAUAACAAAUUGUUCAACAAUACCAGUUGUUACUGACAUAGCUCAAUUGACACUUUUUAUGGAUUUUAUAGAAAAAUCUGCUAAUCGUGAAUGUCCCGGUGGUCUAUACGGUUGUGCAGUUAAUGCUGAUAGUGAUAUGCGUUGUCGUGUUGGUGCAAAGUAUUUUCUUGAUAAAAAUGCAUUAACUGAUCAAGCCAUCAUACAUAAAAUAUCAUUGAUUAUUGUAUUUCUGUGUUUCUUGAUUCGAUUGAAUUAA